GAUACAAAAUUAUGGAUAAUAAUGGAAUAUCUGGGUGGAGGCUCUGCCCUUGAUCUAUUAGAACCUGGCUCACUCGAUGAAACCCAGAUUGCUACGAUAUUGAGGGAGAUACUCAAAGGACUUGAUUACUUGCAUUCAGAGAAGAAAAUCCACAGAGAUAUUAAAGCUGCUAAUGUUUUGCUAUCUGAACAAGGAGAAGUAAAACUAGCAGAUUUUGGAGUAGCAGGACAACUAACAGAUACACAGAUAAAGAGGAAUACCUUUGUGGGAACACCAUUUUGGAUGGCACCUGAAGUAAUAAAGCAAUCGGCAUAUGAUUCGAAGGCAGAUAUCUGGUCAUUAGGCAUAACAGCCAUAGAACUUGCAAAAGGAGAGCCACCUCAUUCAGAAUUGCAUCCAAUGAAGGUUUUGUUCCUCAUUCCUAAGAACAAUCCACCAACGCUAGAAGGAAACUUCAGUAAAUCCCUCAAAGAAUUUGUUGAGGCUUGCUUAAACAAGGACCCAAGCUUUAGACCUACUGCAAAAGAGCUCUUAAAACACAAAUUUAUUUUACGAAACUCAAAGAAAACUUCCUACCUGACUGACCUUAUUGAUAGGCACAAGAGAUGGAAGUCUGAACAAAGUCAUGACGACUCCAGUUCUGAUGACUCAGAUACUGAACCAGAUGGCCAGGCUUCAGGUGGGAGUGAUUCAGGAGAAUGGAUCUUUACAAUAAGAGAAAAAGACCCCAAGAAUCUAGAGAAUGGAGCAGCCCAACCUUUGGAGUUGCAAAGAAAUAAGGAAAAGGAUAUCCCAAAGAGGCCUCUAUCCCAAUGCCUGUCUACAGUUAUAUCACCUUUAUUUGCAGAGUUGAAAGAGAAGAGUGAAGUGUGUGGUGGUAACACAGAUUCCAUAGAAGAACUGAGAAAGGCUAUUUAUUUAGCUGAAGAGGCUUGUCCGGGCAUUGCAGACAACAUGGUGUCACACCUUGUGCAGAGGCUUCAGAGGUAUUCGCUAGCUGGAGGAAGUACUGCAUCCUACUGACGUACUGUUCCUGACUUUUCUAAGACAACAGAGAUCCCACAGUGUCUGCAUUGAAGGCGCACACCCUAGUGUUGUUCUACCCCUCAGUCACUGGAAUGUCCUUUGGUGUAAGGACAUUCCUAAAUGUGCAAGAGUGAAAAUGAAGUCUCUCGGGUGGAGGCAGUCUUUUUCAGCUCCUUAAAGCUAUAAUUUUUUUUAAUGAUAAUGCACAUAUUCCAGGGAGGUGUCUUUUUGUAAAAUCUGAAAUGUAUAUUUAGGUUUGUGAUAGAGAAAUUGAAGAUAUUGAGAAACCUCAGGUAUCUUGCUUUAAGAAUUCCACUGGGAGAUGGAGUAUGUUUGUUGGAAUUGUGUACAGAUAUGUAUAUAAUGUCUUUUUUAACUGAAAGCCUUUCAACGUGCAUAAGGAAUCACUGUGUACAAAAUGGUAAAGUGCUUCUGUAGAUAAUGUUAGUGGGGUAAAUAUUUGACAGGCCAUAACUGAGUAUUGCCUUGCCUUUAUUACAUGUAAAUUUUGAAUUAUGUGAUAAGUGAAUCUUGGUUUGAUUUUUGUAUGUGAAGGAUUUGCCAUUGAAAGAGUUAAUCCUGUAGUAUGGAACCUUCUAUUCGUACCUCAGCAAAGACACAGUUUUAUUCUGUUUCUCCAGUAUUUCUUCCUUUUUAUCUAUAUUCUGAGCGUGACUUUCUAAUUAUGGUACUACUUCUGGUUGUUUUAAAUUUAAUACACCUUGUCUCUCAAAGCUUUAAAUUUAAAUUAUUAUUUUUCCUAAAGAAUGAGCUCUUUCAUGUUUUCAGUUUUAAAUUGUGCCAAUGCAAAUUCUGAACCAUAUGUAUUGUUCAAUUUUAGUAAUAGAUAUUUGUGAAGCUUGUAGUGAGAUUCAGAUACAAUCUUUUUUUCACCUAAACAUGUUUGAAUGCUCACACAAAUAAAUCU